AUGAAGUUAUACAUGUCGAAGGCCGCAAUGGCCAUGGCCGUCCUCCUCAGUGCCACUUUCUCCUGCGUUCAAGUAGCAGCGCUCGAUGAAAGCUUGCAGGGAUGCUACAAAGACCCCGGAAUGCUGAAAGAUGCGGGAAGCACGAAGUACCAAAGUACGGGUUACUGUCGAGACCUUUGCAAAAAGUCACAGAGCGCAGUAUUUGCGCUUCACGAUACAGACCGCUGCUCCUGCGGCGAUAAAUAUCCGCCAGCGGACAAAAAGGCUGCAUCGACGGAUAAGACGUGCGGAGGAAAGAACAGCUAUGCGGUCUAUCUGACUGGCCUUGUCGACGACCCGGCAACGGAGGGCAGCGCUGAUGACGGUGAUGCAACAUCAACCCAUUCACCUCAAGCAACCAUAACCCAAGGACAAACCAUUAUCGUCACACCUACUGGCGGCAAACCAGGCAGUUCAGGCCCUAACAAGGCCGGAAUUGCUGCCGGUGUAGUUGUCGGUGUUGUCGCUCUGGGUGCUAUCAUCGGCGGUAUCUUUUUCUUCCUUAAAUACAAGAAACGACAGCAGGUUGUUGACGAAUACCGCCGCAAUGCAACGAUCAACAACUUCGUUGCUGGAGGGAAGCCAUCCUAUAGCCAAACCUCAGCGGAUUCGAGGCUGGACCCGAGCAUGACAUCGCAGCGGCGCCAGAGCAACGGCAGUAUCGCCGAUGACCAAGAUUUCUCGCGACGAGUUUUGAAGGUCACCAAUCCUGAUGGACAUUAUUAA